AAGUGGAAGAAAAUCUGAACAAAUCUGAGCAGCUCGACUCCUGGUUCGUCUGUAUUUCUUGCAACAGCUUGUUUUAAUGAGGGAUUUUCAUGGGGUUCUCGUCAUCGGUCUGUAUUCAGAUUUAAAAUGGCGUCAGGGCCUGAAACAUUUCCUGAGAUGUCAGCGAGCAGCUCCAGCUCAGAUGAUGCAGUGGUCCGGAUUCUUCUGAUGGGCAGAAGGGGUUCUGGGAAAAGCUCAUCUGGAAACACAAUACUGGGAGAAAGAAAGUUUAAAGUCCAAAAACAUAAGAAGAAAAAUGAGUCAGAAGUGUGUGAGGGUCAGACUCAGAUCAGAGGGCAGCAGGUCGCUGUGAUUGAUUGUCCAGAUCUACUGGAUCCAGAUCUGAAUGAAGAGCAGCUGGAGAUGAUGAAAGAGCAGCUGUUCUCUGGAUGUUCAGCAGGUCUCAGUUCAGUUCUGCUCACCGUUCCUCUGGAGGAACCUCUGCAAAAUGAGGAAGAGAUCCUGGAUUAUAUUAAGUGUUUGUUUGGUGCUGAAGUUCAGAAGAACAUCAUGAUUCUGUUCACACAUGAAGAUGAACUGGAGGAUCUGGAUCAGACCAUUGAUGAAUAUCUACAAGAUCAUUCAGAUCUCCAGCGACUGGUGACUGAAUGUGCAGGAAACUUCCACUGUUUGAAUAACAAAUGUAAAGGCAAAAGUCAAGUUGAAGAACUACUGCAGAAGAUUGAAAGAAUUAUGAUGGAGCACAGAGGGAAAUUUAUGGUGGAACAAAGGAGAAGAAGUGAAAGCAAGGACACUCCUGAUAUCAACUUUCCAGGAGAGUCUCCAGCAGCAGAUCCAGAUGAGACUGAUGUGAUUCCUGUGAGGAAAAACCAGAUCAGACUGGUUCUGCUGGGAAAAACUGGAGUUGGGAAAAGUGCCACUGGAAACACCAUCAUCGGGAGAAACGUGUUCAAAUCCUCCAUCAGCUCCAACUCUGAAACUAAACAGUGCCAGUCAGAAACUGCGGUCAGGAUGGGUAAAGAGAUCUCAGUGACUGACACCCCUGGACUUUAUGAUAAUAAACUCAGUGAAGACAAAAUUAUAGACGAAGUAGGUAAAUGCAUAACAUUAUCAUCUCCAGGACCACAUGCUUUUAUUAUUGUCAUUAAAUUGGGUCGAUUCACUGAGGAGGAGAAAAACACAAUAAAGGAGCUGAAAGAGGUGUUUGGAGAACAGAUAGAAAAAUAUUCCAUGAUCAUCUUCACCCAUAAAGAUCAGUUAGAGAAGAAAAAUAUGACCAUUGAGCAGUUUCUACAGGAAAGUGAUCCAGAGCUGAAAGAACUUGUACAAAGUUGUGGAAACAGAUUCUUCUGUCUGGACAAUGAGUCUGCUGGUUACCCACAAAUCAAAGAUCUGAUCGGUAAAAUAGAGACGAUGGUGGAUAAAAAUGCAAGCCACUUUACAAAUGAAAUGUUUGAGGAAGCAGAGAAGUACAUUCAGGAGAUUCAGAAGCAAAACUUACAUGAGAAAGUGAAGCAGUUCAAACAGAAGAACAAACGGGUCAAUCAAUCAGAAUGGCAGAAAAUGUACAGACGUUUAGUUGAGGAAUCACGACGAGAAGCACUGCGUGGUGCCAUUGCUCAUCUCUACAUAGCAGCUGAUGACCAUGUGAUGCUGGAUAUUCCUAAAGAGAAACAGAGUGAAAUAAAGGAAGCUGAGAGCAAAAGAAUCAGCCGUAGGAAAGCCGUUCGACUUGCAUUUAGAGCCACAGGGACACUAGCAGCACAGAAGAUGUGUAGAGUUCAGUGAGAGACUCGAUAAUAAUGAUCAAACGCUAGACUUUUUAGCUUUUUUCUUGCUAAUGAAAUUUCUUCUUGUUCUUCAUCUAUGAAAUCAGAUCUGACCUAAAAUGAAGAUUAACGAUUCUUUAUUGGCAUAUUUUGCUUAUAGAAGCUUACUUUAUGUGUUAAAUUUCAUUCACUGAAAUGUUAUGCAAUAGUCUCUGUGAUACAAAAAUACACAACUGCAUUCCAUUCACCUGAGCAGGACUGAAUCUAUCUGAAUCUGAAUCUAAUCAGUGCUGUUCAAUCACAUGACUCUUUGUUAAUCUGCUAUCUGAUUCUUGAAUGUUCAUUUCAUUAUAUCUGUAUUUAGAGUAAAUACACUUCAGCGAGAAAUUAAUGAAAGGAAUAUCAGAAUAUGAAAUUAAUAAAUCUUAAAUGACAUUUGGUUCAAUAUUGUUUGUAAGAUCUCUGGUUUCAUCUUUAGUUUGGGUCUUAAAGACUUAUGUUACUUUACUCUGGCUGCUGUACCUGUGUGUUUAUAAAGCACAUUCAUUAUGGCCAAAAAA